AUGGCUGAAAUUUAUGUUGCAGUGAAGAUCCUGAAGAUAUUAAUGGGAAAUGGGGAAGAAUUCAUAAAUGAAGUAGGAACAAUGGCUAAGAUCCAUCAUGUUAACGUGAUUCUCUUGGUUGGCUUAUGUGCUAAUGGAUUUAGAAGAGCUCUAGUUUAUGAGUUCUUACCAAAUGAUUCACUAGACAAGUUUAUAUCUUCAACGACUGUCAAGAACCUUAUUCUUAAUUGGGAUAAGAUGCAAGAUAUUGCUUUUGGCAUAGCAAAAGGAAUUGAAUAUCUUCACCAAGGAUGCGACCAACGAAUCCUCCAUUUUGACAUCAAACCUCACAAUGUUUUGCUAGACCAAAACUUCAAUCCAAAAAUUUCUGAUUUUGGUCUUGCCAAGUUGUGUUCAAAGGAUCAAAGUGCAGUUUACAUGACCAAAGCUAGGAGAAUUAUAGGUUACAUUGCACCUGAAGUGUUUUCUAGAAAUUUUGGAAAUGUGUCUGCAAAAGCAGAUGUUUAUAGCUUUGGAAUAUUGUUGCUUGAAAUAGUUGGAAGGAGGAAAAAUGUUGAUGUUACAGUUGAGAACACUAGCUAA